AUGGUACACUGCAGGUCAGAAUCAACUAUAAUUCAAUUGUUACAGUACAGAAGAAACAAAGGGUAUGAUAAAGAAAGACUGCCAAAAUCUGGUAUUACCUCUGAUGUGUUAAAUGAAGCUACAGCAGCGUUCAUAUCUACAGUUAUUCAAGAAAUGGGACCAAAAGCAACACAACUCUGCCUAAAAGAUACAACAUACUUUCAAUUGCUCGAUGUAUUAGAUGAUUUGUUUCCAAAGUCAAAAUUCAUUUUAAUGGUUAGAGAUCCAAGGGCUGCUGUAGCAUCUGUUAUAAUGUAA